CUUGCCCCCUCCAUCCUCUCUGCACAGGAAGUGGGCUGGCCCUGGGGUUUUACUUCGCUGGCCUCAUCAGCCAGCUGCUACCUGGGCGGCUGGGAGUCUGAGUCCGAGCAGGGCCCUGGGGAGAUGGCUGUGGACCCAGCAGCGGAGAGAUCCCGAGAGAGUGCACCGCAACCCCAUGUCUCAGCCAGGGCUCCCUUCCCUAGGUCCCACGCAUGGCUGUGAUGGCGGCUCCUGGUCUGCCCUGGUGUCUGUCCCUCCUUGUCCUCUUCCUGUCCCUGGCCAUCCCUCAGGCAUCCACAGCGGUGAACGACCCCUCCAAGCUCGUGUGCUUCUACAACUCAAAAGCCAACAUCUCCUGUGUCUGGAGCUGGGAUGGGGACCUACAGGCCACAUUCUGCAGGAUCCAUGCUAAGCCGGAUCAACGGUCUUGGAACAAAUCCUGUGAGCUGCUUCCGAUGGGACCGGCCUCCUGGGCCUGUUACCUGAUCCUUGGAUCCCCAGAUACUCAGAGUCUGACUUCGGCUGACACCGUGGGCAUGAGGGUGAUGUGCCGCGAAGGGGAGAGGUGGAGGGUGCUGAUGACCCAGAAAUUCAAGCCCUUUGAGAACCUUCGCCUGAUGGCCCCCGACUCCCUCCAAGUCACCCACGUAGGGACCCACAGAUGCAACAUAACCUGGAAAGUUCGCCAGUCCUCCCACUACAUUGAAAGAUACCUGGAGUUUGAGGCCCGGAAAAGGUCCCCAGGCCACAGCUGGGAGGAGGCCUCCCUGCUGACCCUCGCGCAGAACCAGCAAUGGAUUUGCCUGGAGACCCUCACUCCAGACACCCAGUAUGAACUUCAAGUGCGGGUCAGGCCCCAGCUGGGCAAAAACGAGGCUUGGAGCCCCUGGAGCCAGCCCCUGGCCUUCAAGACGAGGCCUGCAGCCCCAGGGAAGGAGGCGGUGCCCUUUCCUUGGCUGGGCCACAUCACCAUGGGCAUCAGCAGUGCCUUUGGCUUCAUCAUCUCGGUCUGCUUGCUGGCCAACUGCCGGUACAUCGGGCCAUGGCUGAAGAAGGUUCUGAAAUGUCACAUCCCAGAUCCCUCAGAAUUCUUCUCCCAGCUGAAGUCAGUGCAUGGAGGAGAUUUCCAGAAGUGGCUCUCCUCUCCCUUCCCCUCGUCGUCCUUCAGCCCCAACACGCCGGCACCCGAGAUCUCCCCGCUGGAGGUGCUGGACAGGGACGCCAAGGCCACACUGUUGCUCCUGCUACAGCAGGAGAAGGUGCCCUCCUCGUCCUCAGCCGAGACCAGCGGCCACUCGCUGACCAGCUGCUUCACCAAUCAGGGCUAUUUCUUCUUCCACCUCCCGGACGCUCUGGAGAUCGAGGCCUGCCAGGUGUACUUCACCUAUGACCCCUGCACGGAAGAGCCCGAUGAGGCUGGGCCCGGGGCGCCUGCGGGGUCUCUCCUGCCACCCCUGCUGCCUCCGCCCGGGGAGGAAGACGCCUACUGCACCUUCCUCCUCGGCGGCCCGGGCCCCCCAAACACGGCCCCGGGGGGCACUGGAGCUCAUGACAAGAAGCUGGCCCCCUCCCCGCAGGAGGGAGCUCCCAGAGACUGGGCUCCCCGGCCCCCGAUGUCUCCCCCGCCAGGUGCACCUGAGCCGGUGGACAUCCAGCCACCCCUGGAGGGCUCCGUGGAAGGAGCAAGAGAGGAGGUCCCGGGCCCGGGCCCUGGCCCUGGGGAGGGGGUCAGGGUCAGCUUCCCCUGGGCCAGCCCUCCUGGGCAAGGCCAGCUCAGAGCCCCUGCCUCCUGCCUGACCCUGAACACCGAUGCCUACCUGUCCCUCCAGGAGCUGCAGGAUCAGGACCCAGCUCGCUCGGGGUAGACGGACGACCCGGCGGGUCACUGCCCACUGUGGUGCCAGGCCCAGUUGAGGGCUCGCUGUCCUCAAGGCUUGUCCACUGCUGAGUCACUCGGUUUCUAGCCGUGCCCCGGACAUCUCUGCCCAGAGGGCCCCCACCCAACUUAGCACACUUGGCCGUUCACUUCUAAAGACCUCAGUUGCUGCUUCCUGGUCCUAUGGCCCAAGUGCAGAGUGGGGGGGGGGUGGGGGCACCGUGACUCUCCCACUCCCUCAUCAGUCCCGGAGCCCCAUGGCUUUUGUCCCUGAAGCAUCCCUCCUCUUCAGCCCUGCAAGCACUCUUGGGGGAGGGUUCUCGGGGCUCUCCAGGGGUCUUCUCCACAGGCUUCCUGCCCCAUCCCCCCCCCCCCCCCCCGCAGGACAAUGAGAACAA